AUGGUGUGCUUUUGGAUCAAAUUUGUGGAAGAGAACAAUUUCGAUCCCAGCCGUCGCAAUCGACAAAAUUUGAAAAAUUCUGAAAAUCCUUACUUGAGUCGCAUCAUCUUUGCUGAACCGGAGAAGUCGAAUACGCUGCCCGAUUCCAUUUUUGCCUCUUGUUUGGCACCAGAUGCUUCUUGGCUUAUCUCAGAUAUAGAGGUAUUCAUAGACACCGAUGGAGUCAAUGGUAGUAUGCGAGCAAUUUCGCUAGCAAUACAACACCCUGACGUAGAGUUGAUCGCCAUCACCACUGUCCAUGGAUGUGUGAAGGUAGAGCAGGCGACGGCCAAUGUGGCACGAGUUCAACGAGCCAAUCUUCUAGAGAAACUCAUUCCCGUCUACAUGGGAGCUUCAGAUGCACUCUUACGACGAAAGUCGUUGCUGAUGUAUCCACGCCUUGGAACAGAUGGUAUCGGCGAUCGACCUGAUCUGUUUCCACAAGUUUCUCCUACGGAUUUCACUAUGCACGAGGCUGAAUCGGCAGCAUUUGCGCUGAUACGCUUGACAACGGAACACGAUGGUGUCACCUUGGUGUGUAUAGGACCGUUAACGAACGUAGCAUUGGCUUACAAAAUUGACAAAAACUUCGCGAAACGCUUGCAAAAGAUUGUCAUUUUUGGAGGAAACCAUUUUGGUUCGAUUGUCUGCGACGCCGCUUUCACCGAGUGCAAUUUUGGUGCUGACCCGGAAGCAGCAAAGAUUGUCAUGGAAGAGAUGAACACUCCGAUCACUAUGGUACCGUGGGAAUAUGCAUAUGCGAUUGGAAAUAACGAUGGAGAUAUAGUUGACUUCCAAGCUCAUCUCAAAAUAAAUACUCCAUUGGCGUCUUUCCUUUAUUUGGCUACAAAUAUCGGGGAUAGCGCGACGUUCAAACACGCUCGACAGGACGGUCACGGCGAGGAGAUCGCGGUCGCCAUUGCAAUCAAUGAAAAAGCGAUAGCUACGGGAACAAACGAUUCACGACUCGGUGUAGAGCUGUCUGAUGUGAAAAGAGGUCAAGUGUCCGGCGACUUUUGUAUGCACGCUGUGAUCAAAGAAUACGACGGCUCAGUAUCUGACUAUCUUGCAGCUCAUCCAGUGGAUCAAUCACGAUCGAUAAUCCAUGUUAUAAUUCAUUACGAUGUAGAAAAACUCGACGAAUGGAUGCAUAAUACCGUACUUGGUAAAGAAGGGCCCUGGUGA